UGGCUGACGCAACUCUGGGUUGGUCGCAACUCUCAUAAAAUCGCCGCGUGCCCACUUCAGUCAAAGGGAUUCCCAGUUUUUACCGCUCAGUCAUCAUCAUCACAAGGAAGGCUCUCCCUCUCUCUCUCAGCAGCCAUCAUGGUUAAAGAAGUGGAAAGUGAGGAAGAGUUCCGUCAAAUCCUGAAGGAUGCUGGAGACAAGCUGGUGGUAGUGGACUUCACGGCCACGUGGUGCGGCCCCUGUAAACAGAUCGGCCCAAAGUUUGAUGAGGAGUCCAAAAAACCUGAAAACGCUAACGUGAUUUUCCUGAAGGUGGACGUGGAUGAGGCUGAGGAUGUGAGUAAAUCCUGCGAGAUCAAGUGUAUGCCUACAUUCCAAUUUUACAAGAAUGGAGCAAAGAUCGACGAGUUCUCCGGUGCUAACUAUCCCACACUUGUUGAGAAACUGAAAGCUCACAGGACAUAAAAUUCACCAUCGCCGUCCCGUAUGUGCUGAAGAAAUUCCAGUUUCAUUCUUUGUACAAUAAACACCAGGUCUUCUUUUCCACACAGGAAAUAAUUACCUCCACCUAUCAUGUGUUAGUCAGCUCAGUGUGUUUGUAUCAAGUGUCUUUUAACAAAUGACUAGAACCAAAACCUGAUGACCACUUUUUAAUUCAGUUUUUGAUGGAAAAAUUGGCUCCUAACUCCAGAAUUUUCUUUACACUUUGUCCAAUGAGGUGGAUUUAAAUAAAUGAAUUACAGAAA